GGCGUCGAGGCGAAGCAGCCAAACUCGGCCAUUCGCAAGUGUGUUCGUGUGCAGCUUAUCAAAAAUGGCAAAAAAAUUACCGCAUUUGUGCCGAAUGACGGAUGCUUGAACUUCAUUGAGGAAAACGACGAAGUGCUUGUGGCUGGUUUUGGUCGAAAGGGUCAUGCGGUGGGUGACAUUCCCGGUGUACGUUUCAAAAUUGUCAAAGUUGCGAAUACAUCGCUGAUUGCGUUGUUCAAAGGGAAGAAGGAAAGGCCACGCUCAUGA